CUUGAAAAAAAAUAUUCAUCAAAUUCGAACGAAAGCUUGUACCAAGGGCUAUUAAAUAAAUUAGUUCACAAAUCAUCACUGCAAAGUUUAAUACUAUUAUAGCAGUGCAUUAUUUAUGUUUUUCGAGACAUUUUAAAUGCCUUAAUAUACUUCAAGUAACAUUGAGUAUCUAUAGUUCAUUAGUUCGUGGGUCUAACAACUUAACUCACUGAAACUUCUUCGUCAUGAUUACUACGAAUCCAAUUUUGCGAUGAUGUUUUUUAAAUUUCUUAUUCGAUUUCGUAAUAUUACCAAUAAUGGCUUCGUGUGGACCAUCAGAUAGUGAUUUGCCGUCUCACCAAGGUAUCAGUGAAGAAGGUGAAGGUAAUCGUGGACGCGGAAACUCACGAGGAAAAGGGAAGAGAUUUCACAAAUCACGAAAUGUUAACAAUCAGAAAUCAACUGAGAAUGGUGAAAAUCAAAGAGAAAAUUCUACAAUACUUAAAACUGCAGCAAAAGUCAGAGGAACAACCAAACGAAAGCCUUCGCAUGGAAAUAGAGAGAAAUCUAAAGACGGUUCUGUGAGUUCUUUUGUGCAAGCACAAGAUGAUGGUGGUAUAUCAAAACGCAAAAACUUUGCCUCAUUAAAAAAGUCAUCAAUUGGCUUCAAAGGUCACAAUGAUCUUGGUGAGAAUAAAAAAUCUACCAGAAACAAAAACGAUAGACGUGCUGCACAUCGUAACGAUUCACGAUUAAAUUCAAACGCUCACCUUAGAAGCAAUCAAAGGACAGAUAAAAAUGAAACAGGAGAUAGCAAUCCACAGCACCCAUUUUUCCAAAGUGUAGAUGUAGAGAAUAGAAAUGGCAUUGUAGCUAAUGGAAUCUAUGUGCCAAAAAGAAAGCAAAGACUUGAAGAAUGUCCACAAAGACCAUCAUUUAGUGAACGAAGAAGGGUUAUAUUGUCGGGUAGAAGGUUUCAUUCCAUGCAAACUCCUACUAACUAUAAAUAUUCUUAUGAUGUUGAUUAUGGUGUUAGUAAUCAAGAAUCAGACCACAAAAUGAACACAACUAUCACUGAAAACUUUCGAAAGUUUUCUUUAAGACCGCAUACUCAGACCUCUGUUCAAGCUGGUGUGUUGAUUGAGCAAUUGACCGAGGAGAAAUAUGAAUGUAUGAUUUGCUGUGAAGUCAUUAAAUGUCAUAAAGCAGUAUGGUCCUGCAAAAAUUGUUUUCAUGUAUUUCACCUGCAUUGUGUUAAACGUUGGGCAAUUUCACCAGCAGCUACUAUAGAAGAUGAUAGAGGAAAGAGUCGAGGAUGGCGAUGUCCAAUUUGUCAGUUUGUGGAGCACAAUAUCCCCAAUGCGUACAGAUGUUUUUGUGGUAAAGUUGAAGAUCCAAAAUGGCAUCCCCGAGAUGGUAUCACGCCUCACAGCUGUGGCGAGUUGUGUAUGAAGCAAAGAGCUGAUAAAAACUGUCCUCAUCCAUGCAAUCAAUUAUGUCAUCCUGGUCCUUGUCCAAGCUGUCCUGUCAUGAUUACGAAGAAAUGCUGUUGCGGGAAAAAAGUUAUAUCCGUACGUUGUGGAAACUCUUCUGAUGUAACAUGUUCCUCUAUUUGUGGAAAGAGACUGAACUGUGGUGUUCAUUUUUGCCAAGAAAAAUGUCAUCCUGGAAGUUGUGAACCUUGUGUUGUUUUACAAGAACAAAGUUGUUACUGUGGGAAAAGUACAAGAGAAGUCAUCUGCGGUGUUGGAUCUCCAACUUUUAUCGACGGUGAACCAAGAUAUUUUUCUUGCGGGAAUGUUUGCGCAAAGCAGUUAGAUUGUGGAAACCAUUUUUGUCAGGAUAUUUGUCAUGAUUAUAAAUGCACUCCUUGCAAAUUGAGGCCUGAAGUUGUCACAUUUUGCCCAUGUGGAAAAAGAAAAGUUGAUGAUUUGUUGCAUGGAGAAAAGCGAACGAGCUGUCUUGAUCCGAUACCUACAUGUGAAAAUGUUUGUGAUGCUCUUCUACCGUGUGCACAAUACAAUGAAAUAAGAAAAGGUAGUUCAGACCAUCGAUGUAAAAAGUUGUGUCAUCAUGGACCUUGUUCUGUUUGUGAGGGUGAUACGAUCGUGAAAUGUCGUUGUCGGGCUACAUCGAAGAAAAUGAAGUGUGCUGACUUGAAUUUGUCUGGUGAGGUGUUCACGUGCGAAAGAAAAUGUAACAAGAAGUUUGACUGUGGAAGGCAUCGAUGUUCACAGAAAUGUUGCCCUGGUGGUGAGCACAGGUGCACAUUUUUAUGUGGUAAGAAAUUAAAAUGUGGAAAGCAUAAAUGUAUGGAGCCAUGUCACUCGGGAUCCUGUCCUCCCUGUCUCAUGGCAGGGUUCGAGGAAGUGUUUUGUCCUUGUGGAGCUACUGUCCAAGAACCUCCUAUUCCCUGUGGUACACCCCCACCAAUUUGCCACCGACCUUGUUCAAGAAUGCAUUCUUGCCAUCAUGAAGUGCAACACAAUUGCCAUUACGAAGAAGAAUGCCCUCCAUGUACUGUGUUGGUCACGAAGUGGUGCAUGGGACGGCAUGAGGAAAGGCGAAACAUCCCUUGUUAUGUUGAUAAUGUUUCCUGUGGGCAACAAUGUGGCAAGCCCCUUAAAUGUGGCAAGCACCUAUGUCUAAAAGGAUGUCAUUUGCCUCCAUGCUUAAAAGAAAACGAGAAGUGUACGCAACUGUGUAAUUUACCACGAGAAAGUUGUGGACAUCCUUGUGGAUCUCCUUGUCAUGACGGAGAGUGCCCGCAGACACCUUGCAAAAACAAGGUGCGCAUUUACUGUUUGUGCGGUCGAAAAUCAGAAGAUGGCAUUUGCCUAAAAGGUGGUGAUAAAAUGGACGUUGCACUGGCUUAUCAAAGAUUUACCACCAAAAAUUUGGCCGAGAAAAUGAAAGGAGUACAAGAUGGUCAGUCUGUGGACAUCAGUGAAUUAUUGAAUUUGAACGAGCAAAAAUCUCAAUUAGAAUGUGAUGAUGAAUGUGCACGUCUUCAACGCAACAGACAAUUUGCUGAAGCUCUUGGUAUAUCCAGGUCAGAAACCCCUGAGGUUGUUCAAUAUUCCCAUUUUCUCGAGCAACAUGGAAGAGGAAACAUGAAGUUGGUAUAUUUUGUUGAAGAUGCAUUGGAUACGUUGAUCAAAAAUGUAUCGAAGGUUCAAAGCCCCAAACUCACUCACUCUUUUGCGCCUAUGAAUAGAAAUAAUCGACGCUUCAUUCACGAGUUGGCGACAAUGUAUCGUUGUACGACGAUAAGUCACGACCAAGAGCCGAAUAGAAAUACUGUUGUCACUGCCACAAAAGAUUCACAAUGCCCUCGCGUCAAACUAUCAUCACAGUUACAACGCGUUAUAAAUCCUCAACCUCCGCCACCCGUCGCAGUUUUGCCCGAUUCGGGCAUAGGGAAUGUGCGAUUCAUAGAAAGAAAAAGUCCGUUAAAAGAGAACAUAUUGACUACUUUGACGAUGACUUCUAGUUAGCCCAAUGUCGAUUACGAAUUUGGAUUACAAAACUGGAGCACACUGUAACUGAAUAGUUAAAAUGCCAUAAAACUCUGCAAUAUUACAUUUUCUGUCAUUUAUAAUGACAUACAUGCAGACAUAUUGCGAACUAUCAUUGUUCUGCAUGUAGCUAUCGUCUUCUAGUUUUAUAUGCAAAUUAAAAACAACUUGAAACAAAGCUGAAUUCAAAGAA